AUGGUUGUCGGGGAAAGUCACGACACCAAAAUCGAUUCGUGGGCCCUUGGCGUACUAUGUUACGAAUUUUUAGUCGGUCAACCACCAUUCGUGGAGAUGGAUAGCGAGAUUAGAACCUGUAAUCGAAUUGCGAGAGUCGAUCUCAAAUUGCCGGAUGACAUGUCCCGUGAAGCCAAAGACUUGAUCAAAUCGUCUGAUAUGUUACCACCACCAUGCUAA